AUGGGGAAUUUGCCGUCUGCUAUUUAUAGGUGUAAAAUGACUCAGACAGCCAAAAUUAAAACAUUUAAAAAAAAAAAGGAAAAGAAAAAAAAGGGGAAGGGGAAAGGGAAAGCCGAAAGGGAAAAUCUUUUGGCGUUAACGUUAACUUUAACGUUAUCUGUGGAUUUCGCUUUAAAGAUUUUGCACACAGCAUGCAAAGAUUUCUCUACUGUGCAGGGGCACGUGCGAGAGUCUGAGUGCGGCACGUGUGCGAGGGGAUUGGGUCCACGAGGCGAUUCGGAGAUCUGUGUGGGGACUGGGGACGAAGGGAAGGGGUUCACGUGGGGGCAAAGGCAAGACGACGACAGGUUCGUGUUGGACAGGGAGGGCAGGCCGAUUAACAACAAAAGAUUCAUAGAUGCCGUUAAAUGGAUCUCUGACAUUCUCGCCGCAAAAAUUGGCCAAGAUGCCGGUAACGACGAAAAGUCUCGCAGGGAACGACUUCAAUCCCUGCCACCGCAACAUUACUCGAAGGCUCGGCCAUCUCUCUUUUAG